AUGCCAGAAAAUAACCAACUUGAUAUUAAUGAAACAUUUGAAUCGCAAAAAAGAUUGGUGAUGACAUCAAUAAUACCUGCUUUGUUAAAGGUAUUAGAUCCAGAAAUGUACCUGAUUGGCGAAGAACUUAAUUCAAUUUUAAUGAAAAGUGUCUAUCAUAAUCCAGAGGUUUCAGAAGAUGAUGAAGAAUUGAAUAUGGGAGAUCAUUGUAUUUUGUAUACAUUUUUAAGAGGCUACCUAAAUGCAAUCUUCUAUCAGCAAAGACUCGAUAGAAGAAAAUACAUGCAAAUUUAUGAUAACAAUAAUUUUGCUGCUGAUGAAAUAAAGGCCCUCAUUAACACAUCUCAAUGGACUAAAUUGGGAUAUAUGGGGUUGAUGAAGGCUAUUAUCGAGAAAGCGACAUCAAAAUAUGAUAAUAGGAAUGAAUUGGAUGUGUUAAAUUCACAUAUCAAUUUCCAUAAAACUCCUAAACCACCUGAGCCCUAA